AUGAAUAAACAAAUAAAAGAAAAAUUAAAAUUUGAAGGUAUUACUUUUCAUGUAUUCUUUUAUCUCUUAAGAAUAUUCAUCGUCUAUUUAGAUGCAAUUAUUAGUUAUAAAAGAUCUUUUAAACUAAAAACUAUUGAAAAAUUUUGUAUUUUUCAUCAGUUAAUGUCAAAUACUGUUUAUACUUCAAUAAUUUUUUUUAGUUUGUUAAGUGAGGAAGUAUCAACUUAUAGAGCAUUUUAUAGUUAUGCCAUAUUAUUUGUUCAUAUAAUAUUCACUAAAUGUCUUGAAAUUAAAAACAGGUCAAUUGAUUCUACUUCAGUUUAUAUUGGUUUUCAAAUUAUUUACAUAUUGACAUUUUUCAUUGAGUAUAUUGGAAUUAUAAUUAUCAGUAAAAAGAUAUCUUAUCUUUUGUCUGACAGAUAUUUGAAGAUAUCUUCAGAUAAGAAUAUAAUUGAUGCUUACAUAAUAAGAAAAAAGAUUAUUAAUCAGAAAAUUAUGCUUAUUAGAAUGGGAUUUGUUCUUUUAUCAAAAUUUUUGUUUAAUUAUUGUUUAAUUGAUUAUAAUGAUCCUAAAGAGGCUAUUGAUUAUAGUGUUGAUGGUAAAAAAGUAUAUGGCAUUUUGUGUUAUUUAAUAUACUUUAAUUUGAGUGUUAAUGUAUUGUUAUUGUCUUAUAGAAUUAAUGAAGAAUAUGUAAUACAAAGAUAUAUUAUUAUGUUUUGUUUGUUUCUAGGAAUAUUUAAGGUUAUUUUUAUACUAAAAAUAGUUACUGGUGAAAAUAGUAUCUUUGAUUUUAAAUCCUAUUUAGACAUAUUCACUACCAGUGAUUCUGAAUAUUUACUUUUAUUAGUUAUUUUAAUUAGAACACUUUAUUUUGUUGUACAGGAUUUUUUAAAGUUAGAAUCAGGUCUCAAAGAUUCUUUAUUCUUUUCCAAAAAGAGAAAUAGAAAAUUAACUAGAAAAUUAGUUUGA